GUUAGGAUCGUCCAUAUUGGCGAUGCCCGCACCGAUCUCGGCCAUUAAGGCGAAGCCCGAAAUCGGUAAAGAACGGUCGAGAUCUUCUUCGAAAUUUAGAAAGGAUGCGGCACGUCAAAAAAUAGAGAGUCCGCCAAAGGCUCCCAAAGAGUGUCUUAAAAAUCGCACGCCGGGAAGGGGCAAACGAUUUCGAAGCCCGUACAAUCUCCGACCUCGCUGGGGAGCAAAGAAUAAAACCGACGAGACAAUCGCCGACCCGAGCCGGAGCGGCCACCCACCGGCGCCUCGGCCACUCAAUAUAUGCGAAGAAAAUGUCGAAGAAUAUGCCCAUCCAAAAGCUGAUCUUUUUGCUGGAGACUCCUUUAUGAUAAGCGAAGAACUGCAUAACAUCGUCAUCGAAAUAUGUGAAGACGUGGCCCCGUUAUCUUCAAUACCAGAGGUGUCGGCGGCGGGGGCACCGGUGGCGGCGACAGCGACCGAGCCGGCGGAGGAAUAUGUGGAGGCGCCUGAGGAGGCGACGGCGCCGGCCGUAAAGGAGGAGGCGAAGGCGGCGGAGGAGAAGGAGGAGGCGAAGGCGGCGGAUGAGGCAGCGAAGGAGGCAGCCGCGAAGGUACAGGUGGUGGCGGCGGCACCGACUUCGGCAGCUGCGGCGGAGGCGGUGGACAGUAAAACGACUCGCGUAACUAAACGUGACAUUGAAAAAAAGGAGAAGUCUCGCCCGAAAAGACGCUUGGUGCGUCUGUCGACGGCGACAAAAGAGUCUACACAAACUUCGAAGUCUUUCAUGCAAAAACACAGCAUUACAGAGCACCCAAUAAUCGUCGACAUCCCCCACUCCUCGGAUGAUACAUCAAGAUUAAAAAAGGGAAAAACACUAAAAUUGAAGGUCACAAAAUCCUCACCGCCCCUGGAAUUAAAGUACUACGGCAAGGAAUUUACUCAAGGAGGCGGAAGGGGACAAGUGCAUAUACACCACGUCAUUCCUUUAUCAGACCCUAGGGACUGCAAUGAGCCCCGAGAUGUUUUUGGUCGACAUCACCGAGGAGAGGAUCAAUGA